ACUCAGGCAAUCUAUAGAAUAAUAACUAUAACAGAAUCAAUUCAAGGUCAACUAAAGUGCAGAAGAAAACAAACUGCGCAAAUACAAAUACAAAUAAAUAGCAAAAAAUAACGAGCGCAAUAAAUAGCAAGAUAAAGAGUGCUUAAAGUGAGGUAAUUGGUUGUGGGAACAUCUCAGUGGAUGGACAAGUGAGGAUCAUUUCAAUCUAUUGUUAAGGACCCUCACAAUUCAGAGCAUGCCCUCUUCUCAUUACUACCAUCAGAGGUAAAGAAGCCUGAAGAUCCACACUCAAGAUUUUAGGAACAGCUUCUUUCCGCCCACCAUCAGAUUUCUGAACGGCCCAUGAACCCAUGAAAACUACGUUAUUCUUCUUUUGCACUACUUACUUAUUUUUGUAACAUGGCAAUUUUUAUGUCUUGCACUACAUCACUGCAGCAAGACAAAUUUUAUGGCAUAUGUCAGUGAUAUAAAACUUGAUUCUGAUAGGGAUUCUGUUCUAUAAGGCAUUGAUGAAAUUACAUCUGGAGUAUCAACUGGAUGAAAACAGCUAUUUCUUAUGUUGGGUAAAUUCAGAAAUUCAGGAGGGCGGACGCCAAUGCUUAAGAUUCCAGAGCAAUGCAUUUUUAAGAGCACCGGGGAUAUCGAUGGAAGAUGGAACAUAUUCUACAGCUGGUGCAUUGCUCAUUGCUAUACUUACAAGUUCAGCAACGCACGUAAAGCUGAAGGAAUUCAGAAAUAACAAAAAGCUGAAGGGUCAGGUAGAAUCUAUGGAGUGGAAUGGACAAGUCUAACUUUUCGGCUCGAUGGCCUUCAUCUGAAUUGUGUCUACAUUAGCAAGUUCAGUUUGCUUUGGAAGUAUCUUUGCAUAGUCCACUUUCUCUUGCUGAGAUGUGAAUGGCAAGUCCAAAGCUGUUACGGUUUUGAAAUCCGAGUUUGAGCCCGCACGGCCGCCGUGCUACCCAGAGUUCCCGGUAGCGGAAGGCAGGUGGAGUUACCCUGCUCGGGACCCGGGCUGACAGCCGGCCAGAACUAUGUUCUCAAUGCUGAGAUACCGCUGCAGCCACGCAAUGCUGGCGGGCAAAUUGCGGGCCGGUGCCGCUGCCGCCGCCGCCGCCCGGUGCAGGCUACGGGUCUCCAGCAGGAGUUUGCAGGAGGACCAGAGGCAGAACAAGUUCAGGGAGACGGUGCUGCUGCCUCGCACCGACUUCCCCAUGAGACUGAGCGGGAGAGAGCUACCGGCGAAGGAGCUGCAGAUCCAGCGGGAAUGUGGGUUUUCAGAGCUAUAUGCUUGGCAAAGAAAUAGAAAAGGAAAGGAUUUUUGUGUCCAUGAUGGACCACCUUAUGCUAAUGGUGAUCCUCAUGUUGGUCAUGCCUUAAAUAAAAUACUAAAGGAUAUCACUAAUAGAUUUCAUAUGAUGAGAGGUUAUAAAGUUCAUUUUGUACCAGGAUGGGAUUGUCACGGGUUACCUAUUGAGCUCAAAGCGUUGGCGGAAUGUGGUGAACAAGUCAAAGCACUUUCUCCUAUUGAGAUCAGACAAAAAGCCAGAGAAUUUGCAGAAAGAACAAUUGAACGCCAACGGGCAGCAUUCAUCCGAUGGGGUGUGAUGGCAGAUUGGGACAAUUGUUAUUACACUUUUGACAAGCAAUAUGAAGCCAAGCAAUUAGAAGUUUUCCACCAAAUGUUUGACAAGGGCUUUGUUUAUCAAGACUAUAAACCUGUAUUCUGGUCACCUUCCACAAGGACAGCUUUGGCAGAAGCUGAGCUUGAAUACAAUCAGCAGCAUGUUAGCCGAUCGGUGUAUGUCAAGUUUCCUCUCUUAAACACGCCUUCCAAAUUGACUUCUGCAACAGAGAAUGUAUCCUCUGUUUCUGCACUGAUAUGGACAACCCAACCUUGGACCAUACCAGCCAACCAGGCAGUUUGUUAUAUGCCAAAUGCCCAGUACUCUCUAGUGAAGUGCUUAAACACAGAGGAGCUCUACCUUCUGGGUACAGAAUGUAUAGACUCUGUGGCAGCUACUCUGGGAACACAGUUUGAAAUUGUUCAGAUGGUCAAAGGUUCUGAUUUAGCGGAUGGAGUAUGUAGCCACCCCACAAUUCCAGGAAGACAGUCUCGACUGUUGCCUGCCAACCAUGUGACAAUGCAGAAAGGCACAGGAUUGGUUCAUACAGCUCCAGCUCAUGGAAUGGAAGAUUAUAGUGUGGCUUCGCAACAUGAACUCUCUGUUGGCAGUUUAGUGGAUGAAGAUGGUGUUUUCACUGAUGCAGCUGGAUCAGAACUUCAGAAUAAAUUUGUCCUUAAAGAAGGAAAUGAAACAGUUAUCCGAAUGUUGGAGGGAUCAAAAAUGUUAUUAAAGGAGGAAGAUGUACAACACAGUUACCCAUAUGACUGGCGGACAAAGAAGCCAGUAAUUAUCCGUUCCAGUAAACAAUGGUUCAUAGAUACCGGAAAAAUUAAGGACCGAGCCCAGGAGUUACUGAAGAAGGUUGAAAUGCUUCCACGAUCAGCUAUGAAUAGCAUGCUUGCCAUGUUGGAUAGGCGAACCUAUUGGUGCAUUUCGAGGCAGAGGUGCUGGGGCGUUCCCAUUCCAGUUUUCUACCACAAAGAAACUGCAGAACCACUCAUUAACAAAUAUACAAGGGAUCACCUAGUCAAACUGGUAAAAGAACAUGGUACAGACUGUUGGUGGACUCUACCUUUGGAUCAACUCUUGACAAAGGAAAUUUUAAAAAAGAGUGGAGGCUCUGAUGUGUCAAACUAUAUCAAGGGAGAAGAUAUCCUGGAUAUUUGGUUUGAUAGUGGCAUCUCAUGGGCGAAUGUGUUGGAAGAUGUAGAUAAUGUUGCCGAUUUGUACCUUGAGGGAAAGGAUCAGCUGGGUGGCUGGUUUCAGUCGUCUCUGCUUACCAGUGUGGUAGUGCAAAAGCAGGUUCCAUUUAGAAAACUAAUUAUCCAUGGAUUUACCCUCAAUGAAACCGGUGAGAAGAUGUCUAAAUCGUUGGGAAAUGUGGUGGAUCCUGAUGUUGUUAUUAAUGGAGGCCAGGAUCUAACCCAAGACCCACCCUAUGGAGCAGAUAUACUUCGCUGGUGGGUGGCAGAAUCCAACGUCUUUACAGAGGUGUUAAUCGGACAGAAUGUAUUGCAAGCAGCGAGAGAUGAUGUAUUUAAGUUGCGAAACACAUUACGAUUUAUGCUGGGGAAUCUUUAUAAUUUCAAUUCUGAGGUUGAUGGAGUUUCAAAUGAACAAAUGCUCUUAGUGGAUCAGUAUAUGCUUCAUCUCCUUCAAGAUUAUGGCAUCAAGGUUACGGAGGCUUACACGGAGUAUGAUUUUGGAAAAGUUAUUCGCCUUAUGCUAGCAUUUAUUAACAGAGAAUUUUCAAACUUCUACUUCAGUAUCAUCAAAGAUCGAUUGUACUGUGAAGAUGAAAAGAAUCCCAAGCGUCAAUCAUGUCAGACAGUAUUAAGUGAAGCUUUAGAUGUAAUCACUCGUUCUGUAGCCCCAAUUCUGCCUCACCUUGCAGAGGAAAUAUUCCAGCAUCAAUCAAACACAAAAGAGCCUUUGAGUGUGUUUCGCACUGGGUGGAUAAAGACCAGUUCAGUUUGGAAGAAGCCCGGUAUUGUGGAGGCUAUUGAAGGUGCUUGUGCAAUGAGAGAGAGCUUCUUGAGCUCUAUACCUGGCAAAAAUACAUUAGAGUAUGAUGUAACCAUCGUCAUCGAGCCCAGUUUACUGCUAGAGUUGAUGGAGCAAUUACAGAGUGAGAAAACAUCCAGUACUUCAGAACUGAAUGAAUUAAUGAUGGCAUCAAGCACAACAUUACUUACAAGUAUUCCUCGUGACUUGCCUUCAGCAAAGGAUCUGAUUGAAGGAAAAUUUGUGAUCAAUUUGGAAGGUGGUGCUAUUAUUGAGGAAUCGCCGUAUGUUGUCAUUGUUCAGCCUGCUGCCAAACAGAGAUGUCCUCGUUGUAAAAAAUACACAUCAGAUUCUGCACAGACUCCUUGCCCACGUUGUUUGGAAGUCAUUGCGGGGAAGUGGAGCACGUAAUUUGUAUUCCAUGAGAGGACAAUUUCUAAACAUUGGAAGGAAUGUGGACUUGUGGGUAAUAUGUAAAGCUUUUAUUCAGAGGAAAUCUACAUUUUCACAUCUACUGCCUCAUUCCCUACUCUCCAAUAUUUAAAGAUCCUAUAAAUAACUCUUCAUUUCUGGAGUCUGAAUUCAAAGGACUUACUAAAAAUCAUUGUACUCUACGUAUUUCUUGUGGUCAGCUCUUGAGCUGAUGGACAGUAGAAAAUAUUCUGUCAUAUGUUUACGUAAUAUGUCAGUUAAUUUGGGACAUAGUUCACAAAAUUCAGCAAACUUCAAUACGUCUGCUGUUGUGCAGUGAAGAUUGAUCCAUGUGAGUGGCUGAUCAAAUAUCUCUAAUUUCGAUUGUAAUAUCAAAUGAGGUUAGUUUAUAUAUUUUUGCUUUUUUAAUAACAUGUUCAAAGUAUACAUGUUAUAUGGCAGAUGCCUGGAUUACAAAAACAAAACACAUGGUGACCUAUAAUUAAAAGUUAAUACAGUUCCA